UCCGCUCUGUAACUAGAAACUUAAUAAUUUGCUAAAUAUUAUUUUGCUUCAAAUACUUUAUUUUUUUAAGAUCUUCCAUAAUUAUUUCUUACUCAGGGGACAUUCUUAUUCAAAAUGUCUAGAAACAUAGAUUCUCGCACUGGGGAAUCAUUAAAAAAGAGCACUUUAGACAUAUAGUCUGAUAAAUUUAAUCAUAUUGAUGAGGCUGACUAAACAUUAAACAAAUAAAAUUUGUUGAUUUAAAGUGUUUCGAAUGAAAUUUUAGAUUAAUCCUAAGACCAUUAAAACUUUACACCAUUUAACAAAUUAGAUCAGGUGUUUAAAAAAUCUAAUACAUAGUUUAAUAGUCAUUUGUUUGGAGCUGAUUAAAACUAAGGUGUAUUAAUUAAUCUUUAAGAUAUUGAUAUUAUGAGAUAAGAGCAGUUUAUUUCAACUUAAAAUUCAAUCGAUGAAGCUAACAGCGUCAUAAUUAGAGCUCUGUAAAAGAAACCGAAAGAGAGAAGAUCUUCAAAUUUAAACGAGCUUUUGAAAAUAAUGGAAAAUUUACCCUUUUUUCAAAAAUAUAUUGAAGAUGGUCAAAGAGAUAUACUACUAAAAUGCUGCCAAUAGAUGCAAAUCGAGUUCUUUGAAAAAGAUUAAAAUGUUUUUGAAAUUGGAACAAUAGGUGAAAAAUUCUAUUUGAUUUUAGAAGGUGAAGUUGAAGUAUACGCUAAAAUACCUAAUUCUUAAAUCACUCUAUCUUCAAUAGCUCAAAUAGGAUCUCAAACCACAAAAAAUUAAAACUAAUAAAUCUAGGAAAAAGAUUUAUCUGAAUUAAUCUCUUAAACUAAUAAUAAUUCAAAUAAAACAGGGAAUAUUGAAUACUCACAAAUGCCUAGACAAUAUAACAAGGCAUCGUAAUAAGAAAUCACAGAAACUCGAAUUUCUUCUAAACUCGAGUAAUAUGAUUCAUCUCCAACUAAAAAAUAUUAAUAAAAAUAAGAAAAACAGAAGAGUUCUAAUAAUUCUCUUAAAGCACAGUAAGAAAUGCUGUAGAGCUAGUUUAUUAAAAAAAAUGAUGCUUUUAAUAAAUCUCCUGAAUCAAAUAAAGAAUAAAAUUAGAUACCAUAAACUCCUGCUUAAUCUUUGAUUAAUAUUAUUCCAAAUGAUUUCAGUCAGUUGAUGCUUGUCAAAAAAUUAAAAGAAGGAUAAAGUUUUGGCGAGCUAGCUCUCAUUUACAAUAAGCCAAGACUAGCCACUAUAAAAUGCAUUAAAAAAUGCACCUUUGCUGUUCUUGAAAAAAAUUAAUACUUAGAAAUUUUGAAAACUGCUGAAUAAAGAAAUAUUUUAAAAUAAAUAGAUAAAUUAUAUGAAAUUCCUUUGUUUAAGCAGCUCAGUUUUGAGUUUUUAAAGGAGAUUUAUCUCAAUUCUGAAUAGAUUUAACUCAGGAAAAAUGAUAUAGUCUUUUCUAAAGGCGAUCCCUCCAAUGCAGUUUAUAUUGUCCAGCAUGGCGAAUUUAGUAUUAGAAAUAGAUAUAACUGCCCACAAUAGGGCUUUGAAAAUGACGCUUUGCUAAAAAAAUUAGAAAGUAUGAGCAAGGAAGGGAUCGAUACUCUUCUAAGGUCUUAUAGCUCUUCUAAGUAAAAAUCGUUUACUUUAUUAAAUAUGUGUGCAAAUGAAAUGUUUGGAGAGGAAGAUUUACUAAAAGAUUAAAAUAGAAGCUUUGAAGUUUAUUGCUCAAGCUUUACAGGUUAGCUGCUUGUGAUCAAAGAUAUUGAUUUCAAAUUAAGAGUUUUUGAGAGAAACGAUUACAUCCAUGAGUAUAUUCUCACUAGAUUAAAAAACAAGGAAAUCAUUCUGUAAGAGAAAGAAAGGAAUCUCAUUGAGCAAUUCAGCAAGUAUAAAAAUUAUUUGGUUGAGAAUAGAGAUGAAUUAAAAAAUAUUAUAUUUUCUUAAAUUUUAAUGGAUCAAACAUGCAGUAUGCCUUAAUCUCCUUAACUAAAAUAAGAUACCUCUAGUUAAACUGCACGCUCUCCUUAUAAUUAAUAAGGUUUUUCUCCUUUUAACUAGUAAGGACUAUCUCCGAGCAGAUUCAAAUAGCUCCGAUAAUCAGAAAUUAUUCAAAAAAGUAAAAAAAAUAGCUAACAUAAAUUUUAAAAUUCUGAGUUUAGCAUAAAUUAAGAAUCUCCUCGUUCUUGUAGAAUUAACGAAUUUGAUCAUAACAAUAGUUUUGGCAUGCAAAGCUUUCAGGAAACUAAAUAUAAUUAAACUGAUUAACUUUAUUAUUAUGUUAAUUCUCCUAAAAAAUAACAAUUCAAAUAAAGCAAUACAUAAAUUAUUUACAAUAAUUAAGGUCAAAGAAGUUAUUCUGAUUCAUCCAGGUAUUAUACGAAAACAAGUUAUUAACCUAAAACAACAUUUGAGUACUUAGAAUUAGAGGAAUCAACAAAUCUGAUACCUAAUGAGAACUAAGAUAGAAAAGCAAGUAAUAACAAUGAUGAAACUAAACACUUUGGAAAUUAAUAGCCAAAUUCACCUAAUAACUCAACAAACUUUUAGAAUGGAUUAAAGUUAGAAGAUUGUAAAGAGAAAUCUUUCAUAAACUGUAGGAAAUCUCCUAGAUAAAAUAUAUAUAAUGAGGAAUUCUUUGAAAAAGAGAGUCCAUUAUAUGAAAAACGGCAAGAAGGAGAGGAUAAAAAGAAUUAACUUGAUAGUUCCUAAUAAAAUAAAUAAAAUCAAUCAAGUACCUAAAACGGUUUCUUCUAAAUUGAAGUAUCAAAGCGAAAAAAGAUUAUGCUAGCUUCUAAAUAUGAUUAUUAAAACUAUUUGUAAGAUAAAGAUAGUCAGAACAGAUAUUUAAUACCAGUUAAAAAGAUAUUAACAAAAACCCUGAAAGACAAAAAGCCACUCCUUGUUGAUUUAGUUUAGUAAAAUAGUCAACAGGUUACUUAAAAUUAGCAAACUAUUGCUGAAAAUGAUGAAGUAAAAUAAAGUAUUAAUCUAAUUCCAAAUAAAAUUAGAAAAAUCAAUUUAAAGAAUUCAAAAAAUUUGAGUAUUUCAACCAAUACUGAUGAAAAAUUGCUUGAAUUCUCCACAAUCUCUAACAAAAGUAACUCCUUUUAUCUAUAUCAAGUAAAAAAUAAUGAUUAAAACAACCCUUAAUCCUACGACAUCCAGACAAACACAACAGAAAAUGCAUUUAUUACAUCGAGAUUGAAAAGAUAAAGCCCUCUUCAAAUUAUGAGGCAGACAUGCAAAUCUGCUGAUUCGUAAAGAGUUGUUUAAGAAAAUAAAAUUUAAAAAAUAGAAAAAGUGUUGGAUAUUCAGCAACAACAACAACCAAAAUAAAAUAUAUAUUAAAACUUAAUAAAAAAAAAGGAAUAAAAUAUUUAAAACAAAUAAAAUUUAAACAAUUAAAUGAUAAAGUUGUAAAUAAAUCCUUACGUCGAUGAAGUUUAUUUGCAGGAAGAUUAAAGUAGCUAAAUUUAAUCUACAAAAAAGCCAGCAAGUAUUUUAUUUAAUGAGCAAGAAGCUUAUAAAAAUUAGAUGAAUUCAGUUUCACCAAUCUAAAAUUUAAGUCCCAAAAAGAUUAUUGAAACGUAUAAAAAUAUUUUGGCUAAUAAGUAGCAAACUGUUUAAAAAUCCAACAAAUUAGGUGCAUUUACUGCUUACAAUAAAACUAGAGACACUACCUUUUACAUUUAGAAAAAUGUAGAAAAAAAAAUGAUACAAACAAUGGCAGACUGGAGAAAAGCCUCUUAAAUCCCAAAAAAGUCUGACUUUUUACCAUAUAACAUUUAAUCUAUAAGUAAUACUGUGCCUAUCAAACUCAGAAAUCCCUAGACUCCUAAAACUUACAGGUUUAGCUGUAGCACAUCAUCUGAAUUAUAAGUAUAGAUAUAGCAAGAAAAAAAAUAGCUAUCUUUCCCACUAAAUUCUCGUAAUUCUUUUAGCAAAAAUUGA